AUGCAUGAUGGGAUAGUGUUUGUUGCACUGAAAUGCAGGGGUCUGCGUGUUGGGAAGCUGCUGCUUCUUCUUCUUUCAUGGGAGCAAAUUAGGGAACAGUUUGUUAUUCCAUGGAGUUCUCCACCCUGAGAUCAUGAAAAUGUGCUUUAAAGAGGUUUUUGGUAAAUAUGGCUGUCGAGGCUGGGUUUGUGCUCUGUUUGUGGUUUUUGCAGCUGUGUGUGCUGCCAUGCGCAGGACAAGAGCCAGUAGACCUGAAUGCUUUCCAGCCCCAGAGUGCUCUCACGGACAUGGAGUUUGUUAGUGUGAGCUCCUACCGAGGCCCGGGCAACACAGACACCCGCAGCAACAAGGAGCUGCCCAUCCUGCUGUGGUGGAGUGCCAACCUGUUCCCACACUUUCCAGGGGAUACAGAGCGUGUGGACUGUGCUCGCUCGUCCUGCCUGGUGACACAAAACCGCAAGGUCCAGCUGCACCGGCGCACAGCUUCCAUCAUCUUUUAUGGCACGGAUUUUCGCGCCUAUGAGGCGCCGCUGCCCCGCCUGCCUCACCAGACCUGGGCGCUCUUCCACGAGGAGUCACCAAUGAACAACUACGUUUUGUCUCAUGGGCCUGGAAUCUGCCUCUUCAAUUACACAGCUACCUUCCGCAGGGAGUCGGACUAUCCACUCACACUGCAGUGGCUGCCAUCACUCAACUACCUGCUUCAGCCUCCCUCUGUCUCUCUGGAGGAGAAGAACCGCUGGAGAAAAGCUGGACUGGCCCCAGUUCUGUACAUGCAGUCUCAUUGCGAUGUGCCCUCAGACCGUGACCGCUAUGUCCGGGAGCUUCUGAAGUACAUACAGGUUGACUCAUAUGGAAAGUGUCUCAAUAACAAGCCCCUGCCUGAGUAUCUAGAGGACACCAGCACUGCCACAGGUGAGGACCGGCGCUUCAUGAGCUUCGUGGCCCGCUAUAAGUUCCACCUGGCCCUGGAGAACGGACUGUGCCCCGAUUAUAUGACUGAGAAACUGUGGCGUCCCAUGCACCAGGGAUGUGUGCCCAUCUACAAAGGCUCAUCCUCAGUUGCUGACUGGCUCCCAAACGAGCAUUCUGCUAUUUUGAUAGAUGCUUUCGCCUCUCCUCAAGAGCUAGCUAGGUACAUCAUGGAUUUGGAUAAAGAUGACUCCAAGUAUUUGCGCUAUUUGGAGUACAAGACGCCCAGUAAGAUAACCAACCUCCGCCUCCUGGAAGGCCUUCAAAACCGAGAGUGGGGCAUCAAUGACAUGAGCAAGCCCAAUUACCUGAACGGCUUUGAGUGUUUCGUGUGUGACCGGGAGAACGAGCGAUUGAUGGCAGCAAAGAGGCACAGACGAGAGCCUGACAAGUAUCCAGCACCCCAACCAAAGAUGGCCAACAACACACACAUGGGGUGUCCACUUCCUAGCCCUGGGUAUGGAGCCAUAGAGGAGAUUGACCCCAAUGAUGGCUGGCUGCAGAUGUGGCCACAGGACUACUGGCAGAGUCUGGACCAGGCAGAGGGACUGGUGUCUCUGAUAAAUCACAACGAGUCUGACCCUAGUCUGCUUUGGCAACACAUUCACAGAAUGGCUAUGAGCAGGAAAGGACAAUGACAUGACAGAACCUCUGAGAAAGAAUGUUACCCCGUGAACUUGUGUAUGAGAAGAAUUUUUAAAAUGAAGGACCACUUUAUCUCUACCAAACACACUCAUACCAAAGACAAAAUACACACUAAAGAACAACUGGAUCGAACUCAGCUAGCAGUGCAAUCAUUUUUGACUCGUUAAUGGGUCACUUAGCUAAGAGCCAAAACCAGAGAUAGCAAAAAGGUCAUUUUGUAAACAGUAAACGUAUUACAUCUAUACAUUUCAUAUGUAGGUGAUUAGUUUCUGUUUUGACAGUGUUAUAAGAGGGCUGUUUAAAUCAUAUUUGGAAACACAUUAGAACAUGAUCUGCAUAUGAAUAGGAUCAUUCUGUUUCUGUUUAUCAGUGCAGCUGUUAUGAACAAGCCCUUACGUGCUUUAUGAAUAAUUUAUUUUUCAGGAUGCUGAACUUGACAUUUAAAUUCAGCUGCUGUUCUUGUCAAAUAGAAAACUGCUUUUUGUCUUCCAGGCAUUUUUAGCCUUUUAAAUGUGCACAUAUGUAAGCAUUUUGAUACCAGUAUUCUAUAUAAUAUUUAUUUAUUUUUUACACUUUGUAAUGAGCAACAAUUAAAGAGAUAUACUCCAUAAACUUUA